CACAAGGAUCUAUCCUGUCCUUCCUUGUCUCUGUCCAGGUGGUCACAACUUUUUGGUCGUCCGACUGCUCUAGUUAUUUGCCCCAACAACUCUCGAUCCUGUUUCUGACUCUUUUUUUCCCUCUAUACAGAUUUUAAAAAAGGGACACUUCCUUCAGCAUAUAUUCUCAGGAUAACAUAAGCUCAUCAUAUCGAGGGUCGCCACCCGUACUUUUGUCCACGGAUGCACGCCCCAGCUCUCGAAUAAACCUCUACCUACACCUACUUACGUCUACUACAUUUCUCCUUGAUAUAUACCAAUCGCAUACCAUGAACGGCCAUUUCUCUGCCGUCGGCGAGGCGCCGGGGGCUGGAAGCUAUGAGCACGGCGUCCAGGUUAUUGACGAGGAUAAGGAGUUCAACACCCACCUCAAUGAGUAUCUCAACGUUACUGAUGUUGCUGCCUCUGGCUUCAAUUACCAUCUUAUCUCCGUCUUCGGCUCCCAGUCGACCGGAAAGUCGACCCUCCUGAACAACCUCUUCGGCACCGACUUUUCCGUCAUGUCAGAAACCGAGCGUCGACAAACCACGAAGGGUAUCUGGAUGUCUAAGAACAAGCGCGAGACGAGCGCAGGCACAAAGAUGUCCGACAACAUCCUUGUCAUGGAUGUUGAGGGUACCGAUGGUCGAGAGCGCGGUGAGGACCAGGACUUUGAGCGCAAAAGUGCCCUGUUUGCGCUGGCCACCAGCGAGGUCUUGAUCGUCAACAUUUGGGAGCACCAGGUUGGUUUGUACCAGGGUGCGAACAUGGGACUUCUCAAGACCGUUUUCGAGGUCAACCUGCAGCUGUUCCUCAAGGACAAGCAGUCAACCCCUAGAUCUCUACUAUUCUUCGUCAUUCGCGAUCAUCUUGGCACUACACCCCUGGGCAACCUGCGAACCACCCUGAUUCAGGACCUGACUAAGAUUUGGUCGUCCAUCUCCAAGCCUCAGGGACUCGAGGGUUCGCGCAUCGAGGACUACUUCGACUUUGGCUUUGCUGCCCUGCCUCACAAGAUCCUUCAGGCUGAUAAGUUCACCGAGGAGGUCCAGAAGCUUGGAUCGCGGUUCACCGCUGGACACCGACACGGCAAACCUGGUCUGCACGGUGACCAAGAGCUCGAGGGUGGUCUCUUCCUCCCUGAGUAUCACCGACGAAUUCCUGCCGAUGGUUUCUCCGUUUAUGCUGAGGGCAUUUGGGACCAGAUUGUGAACAACAAGGACCUGGAUUUGCCUACCCAACAGGAGCUUCUGGCUCAGUUCCGUUGCGACGAGAUUUCUCGAGAAGUUCUGAUUGACUUUGACGUCGUAGUCACGCCCCUUGAGGAGAAGCAGAGCGAAGCUUCCAAGCUCGGUGUCCCAACUGUUCUGCCCGAUCUUGGCCUGGCUGGUAACGAUGCUCGCCAGAAGUGCAUCAAGGCUUUCGAAGUGCAGGCAAGCCGAUACCAUAAGGGAGUCUACGCCCGCAAGCGACACGAGCUCGAGGGCAAGAUUGAUACUCGCCUGAAGGCACUCUACCAGGGUCAAUUGGCCGCUGCCCACAAAGCCGGUGUGACUGCUUUUGGCGAGGCUGUUGCCAACAAGGUGAAGGCUGGGCAAAAGGCUGGUGGUAGCUACGAAUUUGCUGAAAUUGUCGCCAACGAAAAGCGAAAGACACUGGACAUCUUUGGUGUUGAGGCUCAGAGCUUACUCAUUGAAGGUGUCUCAUGGACUAACUUCGAAUCGCAGCUCAAGCUCUUUGAGAAGGAGCUUGACGAAGAGAGCGCUAAACUACGAAAAGAAGAAAUGCGACGACUUGCGACCCGUGUCGAGCGCUGGGUCAGAUCUCGACUUGGCGAUGCCGUUGGUCUCGAGUUCAACAAGCUGGGCAGCGGCCGAGCCGGCGGUGGUGCUCCCGAAACCGGCGAGAAGCCUGACUCUGAGAAGGAUCUCUGGGACAGAGUAUGGAAAGUCUUCACGGGCAUUGUCAAGGAAGCCGAGGUUCGAUUUGCCGAGCGGGCUAAGAGCUUCGACGCUACUCAGGAAGAGGUUGAGAUCGGCACAUGGCGAUUGCGCCGAAAGAGCUGGAACGCCCUUCGAGAAAAGAUUGAGGAAGAGGUCAUGGAGGGCAAUAUUCUGCUGAAGCUUCGAGAGAACUUUGAAGAUAAGUUCCGGUACGACGAGGCUGGUGUACCCAGGAUAUGGCGUCCCAGUGACGAUAUUGAGGGUAUUUACACCAAGGCGCGAGAGUCUACUCUCACCCUUGUUCCUCUUCUCUCAAGAUUCCGACUGUCAGAGACAUAUGGCCCUCCUGACUUGCCAGGCUUCGUUGGACCUCAGCCCAACGGUGUCCAGGCUAGUGAUGAAGAGGACCUCACACCGAUUGGAGGCAUCGACGAAGAGGAUGGCAAGAGCCUCGAGGAGGAGAUGACGGUGCUCAGCGAGGGCAAGCGCCAGGACCUUGUUGUACGAUUCAAGAAGACUGCUGAUGGAGUUUAUGUCGAAGCCAAGCGAGGUGCCAUUGGUGGGGUUGCUCAGGCUCCUUGGUACUUUUAUGGUUUACUCCUUGCCCUUGGCUGGAACGAGAUAUUGACUGUUCUGCGAAAUCCCUUCCUUUGCCUCCUCAUCCUGGUCAUCGCCGGAGGUACAUAUGUUGCAUACACACUUAACCUCCUCGGUCCUAUGCUCUCAAUGGGCAAUGCUGCUAUGACCCAGGGUGUCGAGAUUGCGAAGCAGCAGCUCCGCGACUUUAUUGCCAACUCCGAUACAGCACGUCAGGCUGUUGGCAUGCCUGCGCGCGAGGACAGCGAUAACAUUAGCAUGGAUACUUUGGAUAGUCGGGGCAAGAAGGCCAACGCGACUUCCACAGAGAAGGAUGACAUUGACGACAUUUAAUGUAUAGGGGCUGUGUAUGAGUCUGAGCAGUGGCGCCAGGCCUUGUCGAGUAUGAUUAGCGAACAGGAUAUAAUGUCUACUGUAAAAAUAAAAGGAGAAUUUGUUCGAUUCACGCCCAAGUGAUAUCCAAAAUUGACUGUUUCAAUAAAUUCGUUCCCAAGUAGAUUAUAGGGGUAUCUAGAAUGCUUCCAAGCCAGUCGACGUACCAAACCAAUUGCCCAACUCCGAUGACUCCUUAUCCUUGUCCCCCGAGGUGAAGUAAUCAGUGAGCCUACCCGUCUCACCGUCAUCCUCAAGUGGCCACUCAACCUUGACACCAUUUCCCUUGGCCUCAAGCAUGUCCUUUGCUGUCCCCCAGCUGAACCGACACUCCGGUCCCCAUCCGAACACAGGAUGCAUGUUGCCCUUCAUCCAUCCAACGCAGCGUCCGUCAGAUGGAUAUCCUGAGCCCCAUGCCAUACCCUCACCAUCCUUCUCGUCUUCAUCUGCCCUCGCUUCAAAGAGAACUUCGAGCGCGGCAUCACGAGUGACCUUUGCGCAUACCGAUGCAGCACUGACGCAGGCAUACAAACUAUCGGCCUUCUUGGCAACCGUGAUUUUGGCUGUAGGAAACACGCGCUGCAGCUUUGCUUGAUAUGCUGCUGGUUGGCCAAUUGUAUCAACGUAAAUCUCCUGGAUGUUUACGCCAAGCGCAUACGCAGCUUUUAUAAGAUCGACUGUAGCGUCCAUAGCCUGUGCAUUGAGGUUGUACGCAUUCGUAGGUCGGUACAUGUUCGCGCCGAUAUCUCUAGCUGAUAGUGAAGCCGUUGCCCAGCCACAAGAGUCGUGGAGAUCCGAGCCAGGUGUGCAAAGCGUGCGCAUAAGAUCUGAGCGAACAGCAGGUGUGAGGACCUUGGAAUCGUCAAAGUGAUGCUUCUCGCGAAGUAGAGAAUCAGAGAGAUCUAUCGGGAGGAAGAAGACGCCAUAGACCAUGGGGCCGAGAACAGGACCACGUCCGGCUUCGUCGACACCGAGACAGCAUGGAGUUGCUGAGGAGGGAUCGGAAGGGUCGCUGGGGAGUAGAGAAGGGGGGACGGCGGAGAAGUGGUUGAAUGACGAGCCUGAGAGGAGGGCUUCGCCAUGGACUGAGGGUGGGAUAUAAGUUGUUGAGGAGCGGGUGGCUGUCUCGGGGACGUCUUCGGCUGGUGAAUCCAUCAUUAUGAGAUAUUCUAUGAUAAAAGGUAUAGUUUAUUAUGCUGCAAGUUCAGUUCUGGGAACAGAUUCGUCAAUUGAUCGUUUUGAUGCCUCUGGUUGUCAUGGAAGUUGAAGUAAAGAGAAAGUUAGUGGUAAGAGUUCC